GGGGAAAUUCAGUAGAAUCAAAGCUCAAGAUUUUAACGAUUAAGAAUUAUUUUUGUUAAAAAUCUCUCACUUUUUAUCAUUCAUCGACGGUUUUAGCAAUAUAUUUAAUGGUAAAGAUGGAUUGGACUUGGCGUUUAUCAGACCGUGUGCGCUAGAGGCAUCUGCAGCUGUCGAAUUAAUUGGUGCUGAAAUUUUUUGUUGUUUAGUUUAUCAAGAUUUUGCGGGAAAAUGUGUUUAACUGUGUGUGUUUAAUCAAAGGGUCUACUUGAUUCACUAUCUUCAAGAUCAAAUCGUAGUCUCAUGGUGUCCCUUGUAUUUCUUUACCUAAAUAGAAUCCACCACCAUCACAUAGCACCCAUAACGCUUCUCAAUGGCCUUUUCUCCAUUCAAUUCUGUCACUCUUGCUCCACGCUCACACCCUUCAGCCACGCCCCCACCAUUCCAUCUUCAGUUGUUGAAAAGGUCUGUUCUUUGGUCUGUGAAUCAUACUACAAUCGACAGCAGAAAACUAUAUAUUUCAAUCCGACACUUCCUGUAAUAAAUUUGCCUAUAAAUUCAGAGUUCUUGACGCCGGAACAGGCCAUAACUGUGGUUGCCUCAUUGGCUGAUGAGGCCGGCACCAUUGUUGCCUUGAGUUUCUUUUAUUGGGCAAUCGGGUUCCCGAAAUUCAGGCACUUUAUGAGGUUCUACAUAGUUGCGGCCAUGUGCUUUAUUAAAAAUGGCAACUUCGACAGAACCCAUGAAGUAUUGCAUUGUAUGUUGCGAAAUUUUGGGGAGAUUGGGAUGUUAAAGGAGGCUGUCAACAUGGUUCUUGAAAUGCAGAGUCAAGGAAUGGUUUUGAGUGCUUACACUUUGAAUUGCGUGCUGAGCAUUGUGAAUGAGAUGGGUUGUCUUGAGAUGGCUGAGAAUGUGUUUCAUGAAAUGUGUGAGAGGGGUGUUUGUCCUGAUGCUUUAUGUUUUAAGUCCAUGGUUGUGGCUUACUGUAGAUUGGGCAGAGUUUCUGAUGCUGAUAGUUGGUUGACAGAGAUGUUGACUCGAGGCUUUCUUGUGGACAAUGCAACAUGUAGUUUGAUUAUCGAUAUGUUCUGCAAAAAUGGUUGUGAGAACAGAGCAUUAUGGAUCUUUAAUAAGAUGGUUGAUAUUGGCUUGACUCCCAAUGUGAUUAAUUAUACUUGUCUGAUUGAUGGGGUGUGCAAGAGGGGAAGUAUCAAGCAAGCAUUCGAAUUGUUGGAGGAGAUGGUUAGGAAAGGUUUGAAACCUAAUGUAUAUACCCAUACGGCUUUGAUAGAUGGUCUUUGUAAGAAGGGAUGGACUGAUAAGGCCUUUAGGCUUUUCUUGAAACUUGUUAGGAGUGACAAUUACAAACCCAAUGUGCAAACUUAUACGGCAAUGAUCACCGGAUACUGCAAAGAGAAAAAGUUGAAUCGGGCAGAGAUGUUGUUGAGCAAAAUGCAAGAACAAGGAUUGGUUCCUAAUACGAACACCUAUGCUAUCCUCAUUGAUGGGCACUGUAAGGUGGGUAAUUUCGAUCGGGCAUAUGGUAUGAUGGACACAAUGAGUACAAAUGGUUUAACACCAAAUAUUUUUACAUAUAACGCAAUUGUUGAUGGUCUCUUUAAGAGAGGAAGGGCCAAUGAGGCUUAUAAGUUGCUGAAAAAGGGAUGUAGAAAUGGACUGUGUGCUGAUAAAAUUACAUAUACCAUUCUCAUAUCUGAGAGCUGCAAGCAGGAGGAUACUAUGCGAGCUUUAGCACUUCUUAAUAAGAUGGUAAAAGCUGGGAUCACUCCUGACAUGCAUACUUAUACGACUUUGAUUGCAGCACUUUCCAAUCAAAGAAGAAUGAGGGAGUGUGAGAAAAUUUUUGAGGAUGCUUCAAAUAUUGGCCUGGUUCCAACCACUCAAACUUACACAGCCAUGAUAUGUGGGUACUGUCGAGAUAAAAACACAAGCAUGGCCAUGAAAGUUUUACAGAAGAUGGUUGAAUGUGGUUGUGCACCUGAUAGUUUUACUUACGGUGCUUUGAUAAGUGGACUCUGCAGGGAAUCCAAGUUGGAUGAGGCCAGAAGACUUUAUGAAGAAAUGAUAGACAAAGGACUUGCCCCAUGUGAAGUUACUCGUCUGACAAUAGCUUACGAGUAUUGCAAGAAGGAUGAAUGUUCUACAGCCAUCGUCCUAUUAGAAAGAUUAGAGAAAAAGCUAUGGAUUCGCACAGUCUGCACCUUAAUUAGAAAGCUUUCUUGUGAAAAGAAAGUAGGUAUGGCUGCUCUGUUUCUCGAUAAAUUAUUAGAUAAGGACAAGAAUGUGGAUCGGGUAACUCUUGCAGCAUUCAUGACUGCGUGUUAUGACAGUAAUAACUAUGCUCUUAUUUCUGAUAUCUCUGAGAGGACGAUGAUGAAAACAGGUGGCUUGAUUGAAGAGUGAAGAAGUAAUUUUGACCUGCAAUUUAGAGCAGUGACUGGUGAUUUGGUUUGUUCUUAGAGCAAGAACUGGUGUCCUGCUAAAAGAGAUGUCCUUAUAUCCCGUGGAGAUGAAACGGUACUGCAUGUUCAAUUGGAAACUUCUAUGGAAGACCAGGAAUCCGCUCACGCUCAAACUUUGCCAGUUGCUUGGCUUCAGAUAAGUUCACCGGGUUAUCCAGAGUAGAAAGAAUGUGCUUUAAGCAUAGAAUUGAUGAACAAAUGUACUCUACAUGGACUAUUUUUGUGGACUCUUGCUUUCAAGCUGCAUUAUAUUUACGAAGCAUAUAGAUGCAUCAUGAAGUGAGCAAGAUCCUCAGUCGACAAGAUAGAUACACAAUCAUGGCUAUGAAAGUUUUCCAGACGAUGGGUGAAUAUGGCUGUGCACCUGAUUGUCUUAUGAUUCUUGGAUAGGUGAACUCUACAGUGGAAUCCAAGUUGGAUGAUGCUUGAAGACUUCACAAAUGAUGGACAAAGGACUUGUCCAAUGUUAAGUUACUAGGCUGACAAUAUAGCUUAAGAGUAUUUCAAGAAGGAUGAAUUUUCUAUGGCCAUUAUCCUCCUGGCAAGAUUAAGAGAAGCUAUGGGUUCUCUCAAGUUCUUAAGUAGAAAUGGCUGCGCUGUUCCUCGAGAAAUUGGAUAAGAAUCGGAAUAUGGAGCAGCUCACUCUUGAAGCAUCCAUGACUGCAUGUAAUUUUACCUUAAUAACCAUGCUCUUAUUUCUGAUGUCUAAUGGGACAACGAUGAUAUUGGAUUAGCCUCCCUUUUUCUUUUCUAUUUUUGGAUGAUUCGAUUUUUAACCACUAGAUAAAUUGAACGCAUAAUUUUAUUUUGAACUAUUUAUGGUCCUGUACUAGCUUAUUUUACUAUUCAUGAGUGACUAAAGAGCA